GUCAUCAGUGAGCGACCCGACCCCACAUGGCAAACAGCUGAAGUUUUGACGGAACUCGCUAAGGGUCAGUAUGGCCAGGCGGUGGUCGGAGGGCCACUCCACGUCCAUCCUGUGCGUUGGCGUGUCUUCGGGCCCCGAGGGCCUCCUGGCUUCGGGCUCUGAGAGCGGAGAGGUCACAGUGUGGAGCCAGGAGGGGAACGUCAUAGGCCGCCUCACUCUGCCCGGUGAAGAGGACAGCACGAGUGUCGUGUUUUCGCCAGCAGCUCCAAGCCAGCUGUACGUGUCCCAUGGAGACUUGGUGAGCGUGCUCGACCCCCGGAACCUCAAGGGCCCAGUGGAGGAGUUCCAGGGUGCCGGCGAGGAGGAGAUCAACGCUUUGGCUCUGAACGACACGGGUUCAACCCUGGCAGUGGCUGAUGACUCCGGAGCAGUCCGGGUACUGGAGCUUCCUGGGGGGAAAGUAUGCAGGACCCUUCGUAGGCACACAAACAUCUGUUCCUCCGUGGCUUUUCGACCUCACAGACCGAAUAAUCUGGUGUCUGCUGGACUCGACAUGCAGGUGAUGCUGUGGGGUCUGCAGAAGACACGGCCUCUUUGGACCCUCAACCUGCAGGACGUGGCGGAGGAAGAAGACGACCAUCAGCAGCGUCCCGGUCAGCUUUUCAACCCGCCACUGGUCCACUGUGUGUCUGUGGCGAGUUGUGGGAACGUCGUGGCUUGUGCAGCAGGGGACGGGCGGGUGCACCUGAUGCGGAUCGGCAGCGGCUCCAAACUGGAACAGCAGGGAGCAGUCAAGGCCCACAGUCAGGGAGCCUCACAAGCCCACUUUGUCAGUUUCCUCUCCCACCCUCACUGGCUCGUCUCUGGGGGGAACGACGGCCAGGUCGCACUGUGGGACCUCAGUAAGCACCCGUUGGUGACUCCGGAGGCAAAGGCCCAAACUAAAGUGACAGCGGCCCCACGCAGGAAGCUGAAGAGCAAGGCGAAGACUAAGGUUGAGACAGAGAAGGAGGACGUGGAGGAGGAAGUGGCUGCCAGUGCAGAGGAGGUGACGGAGGAGAAGCCCGGGCCCAAGCUGAGCAUCAGCCAUGGGGACAAGGUGAACUGGUUGUGCCCUGCUCUGCUGAAAGGAGAAGCCAGUGUGGUGGUGGCAGAUCAGAGCUCCUGUCUGACGGUUUACCCUCUGUCUCAACUAUAGAUUCAGGCUUUUUCAUUUUUAGUUCUCACGGUUGCAGUACAACUGGUUAUUAGGUUACUAUGUGUAUACACUCCUGUUUGAAGUUGCAGCAUCAUUACGUUUUCUGGUCUUCCUGGGGAUUUGGAUGGUAUGAUCUUGUUUUCCUUUAAUAAAGCUUGAACUUAA